AUGAGAUAAAAUAAGUUAAAUAAAUAAUCACCUUCAUUAAAUACAAAAUAGAAAUAAUAUAUUGAAUAAAUAUCAUACAACUGCAUCUUAGAGAAAAUUAAAUUUAUAUAAAUUGGAAUAAAUGAGGCUAUAAGAAACAAUAAUUUAACACUUAUCCAACAGCAUUUGAAUCAAUAUCAAUCAGACUUGCAAUCCAUCCUAGACUUUUUAGUAUAAAAUGAAUAUACCAAAGUAAUCAAAGACUUAGAAUAAAUGAAGGAAUAGAAGAAAUAAUUAAGUGUUAAACUUGAAGCUUUAGAAUUAUAAAAUUUACUCAGAGACAAAGAUCCUGAGUACUUGGCAACUCAAGUUUAAUCAUUGAUUGAGUAGAAUAAAAAGCUCUCUGAAAAAGUUUAAAAAUUUAAGUUAAUUGCAGAAUAGGCUUAAGAAUAAGCCUUAGAAUCUUUGGAAAUCUCUAAUCUCAAUUAGGCUUUAUUUCAAUAGAUUAAAUAUGACUCUGAUCAGCCUAAACAAUCUAAUCAUGCUUGCUCAAAUAGCAAUGGCAAUUUGGAAGUUGUUCAAUUGCAAUUAGAUGAAAAAAUUUAAGAAAUAGAAAUGCUAAAAUUAUAAUUGGAUGAGUUGGCCUAAUUAUAAUAAAAAUAAUAUAAUGAUUACUAAGAAGAAUUGGAACACUAGAAAAUGUGGAUCAAUUAACUUUCUAACAAAGUAUAACUUUAUGAAUCCUAAGCAGAUUAAUAAAGAAAUAGAUAUGAAGAAAAAAUUAUGGAAUUAGAAAAUAAAAUAUAACAAUAUGAAAGUUUUGAUGAAAAUUAAACUCAAGAAUUGCUAUAAUCUUUGGUUGAUUAAAAGUGA